GAGAAGCAUUGUGUGGGUGCGCAUUAGCCGAGGCCCUAGCUAGCAGCAUUCCAUUAAUCACAUAUCUGCAGAGACUAGGGAGCACGAGGACAAGGCGGAGAGUGGGAGAGAAAGAGAGUGUGUGUGUGGUGAUCGGAGUGAAACGGCAGCCAAGGAAACAAGGAGGAGGCUGAAACGCUGCUCCGAUGCGAGGGUCCUCCUCAGUCGCGUCUUCGCCCAGCCCCGCCCAAACGGACGUGAAUAGCAUGACGAGGUCCCAGAGAAUCAACCCGGAUUCCCUCGCUGAUGGCGGCAGCAGCGGCGCAAGCAAGAACCCAGCGGCGCCGGCGCCGGCCCCCAAACCGAGCAAGGAGGAGCGCGCCCCGGAUGUCGUCGUCGGCACCUCACGCCUCGCGCCCUACUUCCCCCGCACCUCGCUGGAGAAUCGUCCGGCGUCCUCAUCCGCUGCCCUCCUGAGCCACCUUCGCUACAACGUCGCCAUGGACACGUCCCACUCCCAGGGACCCAACCUCGGCAGUGGCGGUGGCAGCGGCAUCGCCUUGUCGGACUAUCCCUUGCCGCUCCAGUGGUGGGGCCACGGGAAGCGCUCGCGCAGCCGUCGCCAGGCGCCGGUGCCCGAACCCGAGCUGACGCGCGCCGAGGUGCGCCGUUGA